AUGGGCCAGGAGUUCGCGACCGUCUCUAAUGUGGCAUCGACACCCACUUCAGAUACAGACAAAGCUGGACCACAACCCUCAUCAGCGCUCUCAGGACGAGCUCAACAGCGUCUAGCAACUGCCAAAUCAGCCCUGUUGAUUUAUGCAGCUUUACUCGGGCUCAGUCCGAUUCUCAAGUCACUGACACGCUCCACGACAAGUGAUUCAAUAUGGGCGUUGAGUACAUGGCUGCUGAUGAUGAACGUUGCCUUCUUUGACUACAGUGGAGGUACAGGUGCACAGUAUGAGGACCACUCUCCCUUUGAGUAUGCAUGCGGCUAA